AUGAGCAACCCAAACCCCAGCAUCCUGGGGUCCGAGAACUACGGCCUCAUCGACUUCUUGCGCGUUUGGGCAUACGGCCACGUUGGGAUUCGCAGCGUUCGCGGCAAAAAGCUGUCUGCCCCGGGCCUCCACAGAGUCUUGAAGCAGGCCACCAGCGGAGUAGAACGGGUGUACUACCAUGACCUGCGCGGAGACGGCUGUGACAUGCAAGGGCUGGAUUGGGACAGCAUGAACACGACCCGCCAUGCCGCCAGGCGGAUCCGUCGACUCACAUAUAAGAACUACGUCAACAGAACGGGCUCUGAUAUUCAUGUAAAGGCACAGCUCCCUUCUACCGACAACUUCUUCAGGUUCAGGAGAAUGGACGUACGGCGAGACAUCAGCCUGGCCCAUUUCCAGCUUCGGAGCGUGCUGGCAUGUCCCACUCGGACGCAUGCGUACUACCCCAGCAGCCAAGGCAUCAACGUGAUGAACAGCUCGACCAGAAAGACAAGCCUGGCCAUGAAUCUCCGUGCGUUUGCCGGCAUGACGGCCCCUGCAGUUUCCACCCUCGAUGCCGGCUGCGGCGUCUUGAUGGCCGGCACCUUUAAUGGGGAUUAUUUCCUGCAGUCGCUGGGCACCCAGGACAAGAAGGCCUAUUCCGAGGGACAGAUAUCAAACGACAUCAGUGGGAUAACCAACCACAUCAAGAUAUACAAGCCCAGGAGGUCGGGAAGUCCUGUUGCCGCCAUCGCAAGCAACGACCAGGGAUUCCGCCUGUUAGACCUGCAGACGGAAAAGUUUACCGCCAAGUUCACGUAUCCGUUUGCCUUGAACUGCUCAGCCAUGUCACCGGAUGGUCGGCUGAGGGUCGUUGUGGGCGAUGACCUGAACGUACUCAUCACCAACGCAGAGACGGGAGAAAUCCUGCAGCAGCUGGGCGGACACCGCGACUACGGAUUCGCUUGCGACUGGUCAGACAACGGCCACACUGUUGCCACUGGGUUCCAGGACAGGACGGUCAAGAUCUGGGACGCCCGCUACUGGCGCAACGCCAACGGGGUCAGCACGCCAAUCGCCACGAUAUCGACCGAGAUGGCCGGUGUCCGAAAUCUGCGCUUCUCCCCGUCCGGCAGCGGCAGGCCUGUCCUUGCCGCGGCCGAAGAGGCCGACUUCAUCAACCUGAUUGACGCCCAGACGUUUGCCACCAAGCAGACCAUUGACGUGUUUGGCGAGAUUGGAGGCGUGGCCUUUACCAAUGACGGGCAGGACCUCAACGUCCUCUGCUGCGACGCCCACCGCGGCGGCCUGCUGCAGUUUGAGCGGUGCAGCUUUGGAGUCGACGAGCCUCUCUCGGGAGGCCGCCAGCGCUUCCUGAACGGAGACCGAGGGUCAUCCAACCAGUGGGACUUUGUGAAACGGCGCCGGCCGCCAAUGUACAUGGAUGGCCCAGGUGUAUUCUAA